AUCCCUCUAUCGGGGCUACAUUUCCGUUUCCUCUUCGUCACAGCCACCCAGAACUGAGUUUACACUUUAAAAGCAUGGAAUGAAUACACUCAAUUCACUUUACCCAACGAACUGCUUGUUGUAAUUCGCCUGACCGACACCACUAAACGUACUGCUUUUUCCUUCUCUUCCAAAGACCAGUAUGAUCAAACUGUGUGUGUUUACAUCUGGUGGAGUGAGCUCAAAAAGUGCGCAGAUGAUUUCAUCUCGGUAGCUAACGCUAGCCCUGCGCAUCUGCUGUCUUUGGCCCGCCUUGGCUGCAUCAUUAGGGGACCUUUUUAAUAACCUAAGCACCAUGAAUCUGUUCCGUCUGGUGUGCCGCCACAAGACAGCUCUGGUCAUUGGGACAGUUUGCAGCUUCGCUGUAGUACUUGUCUUCUUGGCCAAAUGUACAUCAGAAACCCUGAAACAGGGUCAAUGGGAUCCUCCAGGUUUUGCCCCUCACAGUAAUUCUUUGCAGUCUCGUCCAGAGCAGCACAAUCCCCCCUCCACAUCCAAAGACUUGUCAGCAUUCCUCGUGAUCCUCAUUACAACGGGACCCAAAUACACAGAACGCAGGAGUAUUAUCCGCAGUACCUGGCUUUCUAAGCGGGAUACAGAUGUUCUGGCCUUGUUUGUGGUUGGAACUCACAGCCUUUCAAACGAAGACCUUCAGAAUCUGAACACAGAGCAAGGACGGCACAAGGACUUGCUUUUACUUCCUGAAUUGCAAGAUUCUUAUGAGAACUUAACACUGAAGCUGCUGCACAUGUACUCCUGGCUGGACCAGAACGUGGACUUCAAGUUUGUCCUGAAAGCAGACGAUGACACAUUUGCUCGCUUAGACCUCAUUAAAGAGGAGCUAAAGGGGAAGGAACCCAGUCGUUUGUACUGGGGCUUCUUCUCAGGGAGAGGUCGAGUAAAAACAGCUGGGAAGUGGCGUGAAAGUUCUUGGGAGCUCUGUGACUACUACCUACCCUAUGCGCUGGGUGGUGGCUACAUUCUUUCAGCUGACCUGGUACAUUAUGUGCAUCUAAAUACAGGAUACUUAAAGACAUGGCAGAGUGAGGAUGUGUCCCUGGGCGCCUGGCUGGCACCAGUAGAUGUUCGGCGGACACAUGAUCCACGCUUUGACACAGAGUAUAAAUCACGUGGCUGCAACAACAAAUACUUGGUGACACAUAAACAGAGCCUGGAGGACAUGUUGGAAAAACAUCAGACUCUGCAGCGUGACGGGAGGCUCUGCAAGGAAGAGGUCAAGCUGCGGUUGUCUUAUGUGUAUGACUGGAGUGUGCCACCCUCACAGUGCUGCCAAAGAAAAGACGGGAUCCCAUAACUGCUGUCUCUCCACAAGGCGGAAGUUUGCUUUCAUGUGAUGUAUAUUAUUAGCCAAUUUAGGAAGACUCAAAUUUUUAUCUGAUCUCCAUUGUUAGACUAUUUAAAGUUGUGCAACUGAUUAUAAAUAUUACAGCAAAAGUUGUGAUAUUAUAAAUGUAAUUUUAGAACUUAUGUUCUAUUUGUGAAAACAUAAAAAGUGACUGAUGCACAUCAGUUGUUCUCCAAUUACAGCAGGUUUAGCCCAAAAACCUACUGUAGAUUUUUUGCCACUGCGUUUGGAAGUUUAAAACAUCUGGUUGGAAGGAGAAAAACCCAAGUAACCAGUUUCCUUAAACCUGACCCUGGGUAUGAAACAUGAUCAUCUAGUAGGUUUCAUAAGUCCAAAUACAAAUGUGUUUUUCAUUUAAACCUAGUUUAAUGUGGUGUAAUAAUAUACAAAUGAAAAUGUUUUCAGAAAUAGGCUUUUAAAAGGGCUGUAGCUUUAUUAUAGAAUUAAAUAAUAGUUAUACAACUUCAAAUUGUUUAACAUGGAGAACUGGCCAAGAACUACAGUAUUGUCCUUCCUCAUAUUUGGAAUUGGAAGCCAGCACCAGUUCUGUGUCCGUUUUGACUUGCUAGCCCUGACCUGGCUGUUAUCCCCAGUUUUCAGCUUUGGUGGCCUACUUCUUUCCUGUUUUGCGCUUCAUCUGCUGUACUCCUAGCUUGGUAUUUUCUAACACAAUGUGAUAGGCUUUAAUUUUAUUUCAGUGUUGUAAAUUGUACAAAGAAACACUUACAGGAGAUUUUUACCCUGCCAUGAUGUCUACUUUAUGUUAAAGCAGGAUUUUUAUUUUUUUUCUUUGUAUUUUAUUUAUUGUUAACUUAUUUUGCAGUAAACACAACACACUGGUUCAGUUGAUGGAUGGAUGUGCAGGGGAUGUAGUUGCUGUUUGUAGAAACAGUUUGUAUUACUAAAUAUAACUGACAGAGUUAAUGAACAAGAAAUGUUUAAUUUCUAAAUGUAAUGCUUUUGUUAAUGAACAACAAUACUCCAACUCUUGCUUUUAAUUUUUCAAAGAAUGUGUACCAGAAAAUGGUUGGAUGUAUUUUGUUUAACCAGCCUUCUUAUUCCUCAUACUGAAGUCUGCAAUGGUACUAAAACGUCCAGUGCCACAGCCGCACUGGUGAGUUAUGGUCGAUGUGUUUACUGUGCAGCGAGAUCAAGUCAUUUGUGAAUGUUUUUUUUUUUAGCAGCACACCCAGCACUUUGUUGCUUUUUGUAAGCGAGAAAACCUCAUUUUUAAUUCCCAUAAUAAUUCUUUAUUGUUUGUCUUUUGAUGUGACGUGAGGCUUUCCAACCUAAACUCUCUGUGAUGUCAGUAGCUGUGUCUUGAAACUUGUGAAAUUUCUUCCUGGAGCAGCUUUGAUUAAAGAGUUUGACAUG